UUUAAAUAGUUUUUUGUAGUUUGUAUAAUACAUAUUUAUGCUACUAAAGACUUGAGUUUUACUUAAAUAUACACAUAACGCACCUACAAACGUGGCUGUGUAUGUAUGCACAUACACCUACAUAUGUAUGCAAGAUCGUCGCAGAGAAAUACAUUUCUGCUCCUAUUAAAAGUAUGCAAUCAAUAGCGGGUUCUCGCGAAGCACGUAAAGACUCUGAACGCCUGCGAGCGUAUGCUUCAGAAAGUUCUUUUUAUUUAGAAAUGGGCACUGUCAAAUGCAUUUGCGUAUGUAUUGUGUUAUGUAUUCGAAACGAGUGAAAAAGUAAAAACAAAACCGGAAAAUCAACAAAUCAAAGAAUGUUAGUGUGCGUGUGUAUAUGCAUAUCAGCAAAGUUCAUUUCCUAUCAAGGCAAUUCAACGGUGGUAAAACAUCAAAAAGUGGAAAAACUGUUAUUUGCAGUAUAGUGGCUGCAUAUUUUACAUUUCGUAUACGAGUACGUACUAAAUUCGUCAUUAGAAAGAUAUAUCUACAAUCAUAUACUUGUAUAUGUGAAUUUGUUUAAAAGCCGGCUCAUCGUAAAUUGGAAAGGGCAGAGAACAUGUUUACUGAAAAAAUAAAUACGUAAAGAGCUUCAGUGAGGUUUGCGGUGAUGACUUCCAGCUGGUGUAACAACAGAAAACACAAUCAUAAUCAUUACGUCAGAAAAAGACACGGUUCUUGCAUACGAGUGUAUUCCCCAUUAACUACGUUAUCACUCCCUAUUUCAAUGAGAAACACAAGAACGACAUCUCGAAUAUGGACACUCGGUAUAUUAAUUGGCAUUCUAUGCCCAUUACACAUUGUUCAUUGUGUGGAUCCAAAGUUCGACCCUUCGACACGAAUGCGUCUCGUAUUGGUGCCGGCAGAUGCGCAAGUCGGUUCUGUAAUUUAUCGAUUACGUGCCACUGACGAGGAGUUUGACUAUCCACUGACAUUUGAACUUAAAGGAGAUGCCGCAUCUGCUACUGUUAAGAUUGAAUCACUUCCAUGUACAAAAUACAAUUCCGUUUGCCAAGCCAAUGUUGUGUUACAGCGACGUUUGGAACCGGGGCGCUACUACGAUUUCCAAGUUUCAGUGAAGGACACCAAAGGUGGCAUGGCUAGCCAAAUGUGUUCGAUUACAGCCACCAAUUUCACAACACCCCACGAUCUCAUAUUUCCACACAAACCGGGUAUUAUAAUGAUUUCAGAGGAUUCAAAACGCGGUACCGAAUUGGAUUACGUGAUAGCACGCAAAAAUCCACUUUUCCAAAAGCCAGUUUACCUAGAAUUAUGGGGUUCUCAGCUCUUUGCAAUUAGGCAAAAAAUUGUAUCAACAGAAACUACAGAAGGCACCGUGUUCUUGCUAGGUCCACUAGAUUUCGAGAAGCAAGCGAUGCACCAUCUAACAAUAUUGGCCAACGACGCAUACGCCGAGCCUGGCCAAGAUAGCCGCAAUAUAGCUGGGCUUGAACUCGUAGUCAUUGUACAAGACGUGCAGGACCAACCGCCUGUAUUUACUUCAGCUGCACCUGUGACGAAGUUGCCCGCAGGUAUUCUUCCAGGAGAUAAGAUACUUCAAGUUCAUGCGGAAGAUGGUGACAAAGGAAAUCCACGAGAAGUUCGAUAUGGCCUUGUUUCAGAGGGCAAUCCAUUUACUUCUUUUUUUGAUAUCAAUGAUACCAGUGGAGAAAUUUUUUUAAUGCGCCCCCUCGAGGAUAUUGCGGCAAUCACGCACGUUGGAGAUCCAGUAUUACUCACAGUAAUUGCGGAGGAAGUUAAGGUUGGCCGUGACGAACCCGCUGCUAUGGCUUCAACUGUACAGUUGGCAUUCUUUCUGCCAGAACGUACAAAUUCAGCACCUUACUUUGAAAAUGACCACUACGUUUCAAGAGUGGAAGAAAACGCUCCGCAAGGCACUGCACUUACAUUCAACGAUCCAUAUGUACCACGUGUUUAUGAUGAUGAUACUGGAAAAAACGGAGUCUUCUCUUUAACGUUACUCAACAAUAACGGAACAUUUGAGAUUUCACCCAAUGUCGCUGAACGUAGUACUUCAUUUCUAAUACUUGUGCGCGAUAAUGUGCUAUUAGAUUAUGAGGAACGGCACUCAGUGCAAUUCCAAAUAUUAGCGCAAGAAUUAGGACCAGCUACUAAUCUGUCAGUUAGUGUAAAUGUGACGGUAUACAUAAACGAUGUUAAUGACAACCCACCGAUAUUUGACCAGGUUGUAUACACUGUGGAGCUACCAGAAAAUAUGACAGCCGGAACAAAGGUUGUCCAAGUUAAGGCUACCGACGUAGACACGGCUGGUUUAGGCGGACGUGUUAGAUACACGGCAAUUUUGGGUUAUUUAAACACUUCAUUGAAUCUAGAUUCAGAGUCCGGUCUGAUCACAGUAUCGACGACUAAUCACGGGUUUGAUCGUGAAAUAAUGCCCGAAUACCACCUAUACGUAGAAGCCCGCGACAAUGAUGGCACUGGUAACCGUGCUCAAGUGCCACUGAUUAUAAAACUAAUAGACGUCAAUGAUGAAACACCAAUAUUUGAGAAAGAUCUGUAUGAAUUCAUCCUAUCGCCCGACUUCAAAAGCUUUACAUCCACACCUAUUAUACACGCCACAGAUAAGGACGCAACAGCCCCCAACAACGAAGUUCGUUAUGAAAUAAUUAACGGAAACUACGAAAAUAAAUUUAAUUUGGAUAAAAUAACUGGUGAGUUAUCCGUUAAAGAGAAAAUUUCGAUACGAUCUAAAGAGCGAAAACGACGUGAAACAAUGUCUCACAUUGAAGACGAUGUAUUCUUGAUGACGGCGCGUGCUUAUGAUUUAGGAGUACCAGUACGCUUUAGCACGACUGCUAUUCGUAUAUAUCCACCCGAAAGUCGUACACGUACUGUGACUUUUGUAGUACCAGGUGGAAGUCCUGACAAAGUGAAAACAGAAGAAACGCUUUCCACGAUCACGGGAGGAAAAGUAAUCAUACACGAUAUUAGACUGUUGCAACCUGAUGAGCCAGGCGCCAAAGCAAUUACGGGAGGAAAUAUGGAUGCAAUGGAAAGAAGUGUUGUGACCGCCACAGUUCUGUACGAUAGCUCUUCUGUUGUAGACAUUUCUCAAAUUCAGCAGCGUUUAUCGCAGCACAAUAGUUCGUAUGCGAUAAUGAGUGGUAGCGAUACAGCGGAAACAGACAACUUGACCCCUUUGCAGACUUUGUACAAAGCGGAAAAUAAGUUGCUUUUCUGGCUUCUCAUCUUGCUGGCUACCUUGGUCGCUUUAACGAUUCUAAUAUUAUUGUUAUGCUGUAUUUGUUCCUGGUGUCCUCUGUAUGGAAGUGCAAGCAAGAGAAUAGUUAAUGUCAGUAGAACUGAAGACGAUGUUCACCUAGUGCAUAGGGAAAUGGCAAAUGGAAAACAAGCAAAAUCUGUUCAGGUCGCCGAAUGGAUGGGACGACGCGAGGCCUGGUCCGCCGAGAAACCAACAGAUCCGCGAACGAAGCCAACCCGUUGGGAGUUCCACAAUGGACGUGAGCAGUUUAACGAAAACGUAGGAAUUCAUGAAACUGUAAAAAGCGGCGAAGACAGACACCGCAUUCGUUCCGCGGAAGAACAACAAAGGCGUGUAAAAAUAAAAAACAGCAGUACAGCCAAAGACGACACAUUUCAUAACUCUAGAACUAAUUUGAUAAAUGACCGAGAUAUAUACAUCGAGGAUAUCGCAGAUGAGAGAGAACUUUUAGAUACAGAUACAGAACACUUUCAAUCCAACAAAAUGAAGCAACAAUUGGCUCAACAUCAGCAACGCAAUGGCAUUGAAGCUAAGCAUUCUGACCACGAUUCCCUGAGUCGUCAAGAGAUGGAUCGCGGCAGUGAUAUGAACUAUAAUACAGCUCGAAGCAGUUUAAAAAAUAAACGCGAAUUUUUUAUCAAAGAUGGAAACAUUGAAAUACUACAACUUAUGACUAGGGAUAAAACCCGCGAUAGCGCUGCAGUGGUGGACGACGAUAAUAACGUUUAUGUCAAUUUACCAGUCAAAUCAACAAACCUCUCACAACCUCAACUACUAAUGGUUGAUAAUAGUGGGAAAGAAAUUCUAAUGCGCCGAUUCAUUGAAGAGCAACCAGAUGGGAAACAAAUCAUACGCGAGCAUUAUCAAAUCGUUCCAGGUGCCACGUAUAUCCAAGCAAUGCCCAAUGCAAUUCAACCACAUUCCACAAUGAAGGGGGGAUCAAUUGCUAUCGGUAAAUCAGGUGCCAAUAGCAUAGUUUAUUCACAAACAGAGCCUGAAGUAAAAGUGAUACAUACGCAACCUGUUCAUGGAGCAAUAACAAUACAGCCCGAUGAUCUCGUAGGUCAAAUGCAUCUCUCAACAUCGAAUCAAUCGCUAACAAACGAGCUCGAGAACUCACUAAAGCAACAAAAUGCAUUACUGCGACAAAUCUUAAUGGAAAAAGAAAAGCUGGAAACUCGGUAUACCCAACAAGAGGUAGUAUUAGAGACCCAAAGCCUUCCAGGACAGUAUGUAGCAAUUGCAACACAAACAGAAUGUGAAGCUGGGACCCAGACAAACGAAGAUGUUGAAUUUGCUCAAAAAACGACUGUUAAUACGCAGGGAAAAUCUAUGCGGCGCAAAGCUCGAAGUGAAAAUGAUGAUUCCAUGUCGGAGAAUGAAUACGAAUUUGUGCGUUUCAGCCCUCCAAAUAGUCCCGAUCAUGUUUAUUGGAUAAAACGUAAGAAGCAAAAAAAACGUAGUAAGUAUCGGAGCAGCACACAUCCCCGGAAGCGAAUUAUUAUGGUAGAAGACGUUAAGAGAAAAAUACGUACUCCCAUUAAGGAGGAAGACGAUGAGAUGUUCGAGUACAGAAAACGGACCCCACCCAAAAAGCCACUUCGCAGGCACGCUGAAACUAAAACCAGUGUUCUACGACGAAAAAAAAACGAAGAAAUGAAACGAAAAGAUAUUGCCAUGGGACAAAAAGCGACCGAAGUGGGUCGGGAAGUUAUAAUAGAAGUGUCCGAUUCAUUAGAUGAGAAAACAAGAAGUCCUGGCCGUUAUCGAACAAGAAUAGUCGAUGAAAUAUCAUACUACCCUCAAAACAACGCUUCUACUGGGGAUGUUGAUGAUGAUUACGACGAUGAUAAUGAGCUUGAGUAUUCGAAUGAAUCUGAUGCUGACGAAAUUGUCAUAAAAAGUAAUGCUUUUACACCUAAUCAAAAUAAGAAUAAAAACUAUAGCAGAGCAGAGGUUAUUGCUGAGAAAUCCAGUAACGGAACAUUCUCGAGGUCUUCCUCUGACCAGAGAGAAAGGCUACCAGAAGUAAAAUCGCGAAAUACACGCAAAACAAACUCACAGCGUCUAAAUCGCUGUAAAAGCUCCUCUGAACCUGCACAUAGUCGCUAUUAUACUGAAAAACAAAAAUCUUCCUCAUUAAAUAUUAUAAAUAGUACAUACACAGAAACACCGGAAGCAGGUAAUGCAGCAAAAGAUCGUGUAUACCAAAGUGAAACUGAUUUAAAUUAUCAAGAUGAUCGCUUCAAUGACACAGACACUAUUGAAAAAGGUGUGCCAAAAUACAUGGAAUGGUAUUACGGCAAGCAGAAAACUGCAAAUAAUAGAGCUCGAACGGAUUCUUUGAAGUCUUUGACGGUAUCGAAAAAAAAGAAUAGUGUAUCAGAAAAACGACUUUCAAAGGCACGUUUAUACUCGAAACCCGAUGCAAUUAUUUCUGACGAAGCUAAAUCCAAGCCGGAACCAGCUCCUAGAAAGUCACCUCCUAAGAACAAUAGGCUUCUCAAGGAAGACAUUGUUAUGAACAAGCAACAUAACCCCAAAAUUGAGACUGAUACUAGCCAUCCACUAUUACAACAUUCAGAGCACAGAUUUGAACGGGAAAAUGCUCCUGAGGUACCAUUACCACCAACUAAACUGCCGCAUUACAUGUAUCCAGAGACUCCACCUUUUGCUGCGUUUAAAGAGACACCAGGCAACAACAUAAAAGUGAAACCCAAGCCAUCACCCAUCAGGGAAAAUGAAGUAAAAGUAACUAACUCGAAAAUAUGCCUAAAUGUAGGAAACCAAAAUUCUGCAAUUGCAACGUCAAGUACUAAUACUCAAAAGCAACUGAACGCAUCUACAUUAGAAGACGACCACGACUCUGGUAUAGCCAUGAAUUCCUUGCUCAAUAGCAUGGGCCGUCGAAAUCCCAUUGCUGAUAAGAAAAGUGUAUUUUCCAUUGCAUACGACGAUGUUAGUCGAGUGAGAAAAAUUGCAUCGGGAGGCGAAUCACCACAAUACUCAUAGAAACGGAGGUGUCUUAUUUGGUCUUAGCAUAUUUAUACCACAUAUUACAAAUAUUUGCAAGGUACUAUAAUAUCAAUAACAUAAAUACUAUUUGUGAUACUCUUUAAGUUUUGUUAAAACUUAUAAGCAACAAUUUGUUAUUGAACUCGUCUUCUAUAUGUCAUCAUGUUUACAUACAUACAUACAUACAAACAAAACAACUCAUGUUUCUGUAAUAGUUUUUGCUUCUGGAUUAACCUUGCUUUUUAGGUAGGGGCAAUAAUAGGCAUGAAAAAUUUAUUAUUUUGGGCAAUUGAUUUUCGGCAGUCAAUUAUUUUAUAAAGAAAUUCAAAACAACAAAUUCUGAAUCAAAAAAGAAUACAUCAAAAACAAAUAAUUGUAAUAGACGAUGUACAUCAUCAUAUUAUUCUUAUUUAUAGGGGAUAUAUACAUACAUACAUUAAAACCCCUUACUUAAUUAGCACAUGUUCAUCAUAACUUUGUACUGAUAAUCAAAGAAUUUAUUAGUUUAAUAGUGAUCUAAUGCAUAAUCGGUAAGUUCUUUUUGGGAAUUAAUAAAAUGGUGCUCUCUAACAGUUUACACUCGAAUUUUCAAGGAAACAAGCAUAAUUUAUUGCUUAAAAAACUUGAAGUUUUCGACAAAAAUUUGAUGUUUCGAAUUUCCUUCAAACGCAUCGAAUUACAGCGGUCACCGACUUCGAAAACAUAAUUUCAAAAAAAAGUUUAACGUCUUAAAAUAGUACUGGCCUGUUUUCCGUAUAAUUCUGAAGUUGGUAACUCUGGGAACUUUUAAUUCAAAUGACUCAAAAUGUUCAGUGAAUAUACUGCAUUAUAUCAUAAACAAAUCGAAGAAAUUACAGUUUUUGAUAUGCUAACAGCCGUAGCCGAAUGGGUUGGUGCGUGACUAUCAUUCGGAAUUUACAGAGCGAACGUAGGUUCAAAUCUCGGUGAAACACCAAAAUUAAGAAAAACAUUUUUCUAAUAGCGGUCGCCCCACGGCAGGCAAUGGCAAACCUCCGCGUCUAUUUCUGCCAUGAAAAAGCUCCUCAUAAAAAUGUUUGCCGUUCGGAGUCGGCUUGAAACUGUAGGUCCCUCCAUUUGUGGAACAACAUCAAGACGCACACCACAAAUAGGAGCUCGGCCAAACACCCAAAAAGGGUGUA